AUGGUUUUAAGCCUAGGAGUUUCUCCAGGUUAUAUUCAACUCAUGGAUGCAUCUGCCAUUUAUGAAAUAGAAAGGGACAUAGAAGAAGAAAGCUAGAAUGUGGUAGUGAUUGCUUGCAGCUCAAUGUCCGGAGUUUCGCCUGUUAUUGUCUACUCUCCCGCUCAACCACCACAACUGCCAACACCAUCUCCUUUCUCGUUUUUGGUCACUUCUACUAGGCGGAGCACUACACCUCCGAUUCAUCUUUAUAAUCUGAUCCUGCGGUUCAUGGCGCUCCUUUUCUCCUUCGUCUCUGCCCUCUCCCUGGCUGCUCCAUCACCAAAGAAGAAGAAAGGCUUUUGGGAAUAUCCUGAACUACUGUACUGCUUCAUUGUGACCAUAGUGGUUUUCUCUUACUCAGCCUACCAACUAUUUAAAGGUGUUUGGGACAUUGCCUACAGAGGCAUUCUCAUCUCGGACAAGACCUCUGAUUACUUUAGCUUCAUUCUUGAUCAGUUGACAGGUUACCUUCUCGUGUCAUCUUCUUCAGUAACGAUGUUGGCCAUCCUCAGACAGAUAGAACAAACUGCAUCACUUUGGAAGUCUGCUGUUGUGUCUGUUACCAUGUCUUUUGCUGCUUUCCUUGUUAUUGCAGUUUGUGCACUCUUGUCCGGCCACAAGCUCUGUAAAAGAAUCAUAUGGUGA